GGCUGCUGUCCUGCCUCCUGCAACUCCCUGGUCGUUCCUGCUCCAGCCCUCUCGCCCCCCACUUCUUCACCCCUGCCCGGGGGUCCAAGGAGGCCGCGUCCCCCACUCCCCCGCGGGAGACGCCCUUGCCCUGCGCGCCCGGGACUUGGAGAAACUUUGCAGGCGCCGGCGGCGAGAUGGAUCUAAUCCGAGGCGUCCUGCUCCGGCUCUUGCUCCUGGCUUCCAGCCUGCAACCCGGCGCCGCGUCGCCCCGAGCGGCUCUCGGAAAACCAGGCAAGAUAGGGCCUCCUCUUGUCAUCACGCUGGGCGCCGUGAACUGUACAGCAUUCAGCAUCCAGUGGAAAAUGCCACGGCAUCCUGGGAGCCCCAUCGUUGGGUACACUGUCUUUUACUCUGAGAUCGGCGCAGAUAAAUCCCUGCAGGAGCGGUCACACCAUGUGCCUCUCAGCUGGGACACCCCCACCACGGGACAACCUGAUCAUCAGACAAUUUUUGAGGAAGUGAUCGGAGAUUUGAAACCAGGCACUGCCUAUCGAGUGAGCAUAGCAGCUUACAGCCAGACGGGCAAGGGGCGGCUCAGCUCUGCUCGGCACGUUACCACUUUGUCCCAAGAUUCCUGCCUGCCCCCAGCGGCACCCCAGCAGCCACAUGUCAUCGUGGUUUCUGAUUCCGAGGUGGCCCUAUCCUGGAAACCUGGGGCGAGCGAAGGGAGCUCGCCUAUUGAGUACUACUCUGUGGAAUUCAUCAGGCCAGAUUUCGACAAGACUUGGACCUUAAUCCAAGAGCAGAUCCAGAUGGACUCCAUGGUUAUCAAGGGCCUCCAUCCAGAUACCAACUACCAGUUUGCCGUGAGGGCAGUGAAUUCCCACGGCCCCAGCCCCCGCAGCUGGCCCAGCGACACCAUCCGCACCCUUGGUGCCGGAGAAGCAGGAAGUGGCCGCUAUGGACCCCACUACAUCACCGACACGGGUGUCGGUGAGGAUGAUGAUGGAUUUGAAGACGACUUAGAUUUGGAUAUUUCCUUUGAGGAGGUUAAACCACUUCCUGCUACCAAAGGAGGGAAUAAGAAACUUCUGGAGGAAACCAAGAUGACGUCUCUAUCUCACCCAAAGACCCUUUCCAGGCUUGUCCCCCCAACCUCAGCAUCUCCCCCCACGACUACCGUGGCUCCCCAGCCCACUCCCGUACAGAGGAAGGGGAAGGAGGCUGUGGCCAUGAUGUCAAGGCUCUUUGACAUGUCUUGUGAUGAAACCCUCUGCUCUGCUGACAGCUUUUGUGCCAAUGACUACACCUGGGGCGGCUCGCGAUGCCAUUGCAACCUGGGCAAAGGUGGCGAGAGCUGCUCGGAAGAUAUUGUUAUACAGUAUCCUCAGUUCUUUGGCCACUCCUAUGUAACCUUUGAACCUCUGAAGAACUCCUAUCAGGCAUUUCAAAUUACUCUUGAAUUUAGGGCGGAGGCGGAGGAUGGCUUACUGCUCUACUGUGGGGAGAACGAGCACGGGAGGGGAGAUUUCAUGUCCCUGGCUCUCAUCCGACGCUCCCUCCAGUUCAGGUUUAAUUGUGGAACAGGGGUUGCCGUCAUCAUAAGUGAGACCAAAAUCAAACUGGGAGGCUGGCACGUGGUUACACUCUACAGAGACGGGCAGAAUGGGCUGCUGCAGCUGAACAAUGGCACCCCAGUGACCGGCCACUCCCAGGGCCAGUACAGUAAAAUCACCUUCCGGACGCCCCUCUAUCUUGGUGGGGCUCCCAGCGCUUACUGGCUGGUCAGAGCGACAGGGACAAACCGAGGCUUUCAAGGCUGUGUGCAGUUGCUCGCUGUUAAUGGGAAGAGAGUCGACAUGAGGCCCUGGCCACUGGGAAAAGCACUCAGUGGAGCUGAUGUGGGGGAAUGCAGCAGCGGGAUCUGCGACGAGGCCUCGUGCAUCAACGGCGGCACCUGCACAGCGAUCAAGGCCGACUCCUACAUUUGCCUCUGUCCCCUCGGGUUUAAAGGGCGACACUGCGAAGAGGCUUUCACCUUGACCAUUCCUCAGUUCAGAGCGUCUCUGAGAUCAUACGCUGCAACGCCCUGGCCACUAGAGCCCCAGCACUACCUUUCCUUCAUGGAGUUCGAGAUCACGUUUCGGCCAGACUCGGGGGACGGUGUCCUGCUGUACAGCUAUGACACGGGCAGCAAAGACUUCCUGUCCAUCACCAUGGCAGGGGGCCACGUGGAGUUCCGCUUUGACUGUGGCUCGGGGACCGGUGUUCUCAGGAGUGAAGAGCCCCUCACCCUGGGCAGUUGGCAUGAGCUGCAUGUGUCCCGCACGGCGAAGAAUGGAAUCCUACAGGUGGAUAAGCAGAAGGUGGUGGAGGGGAUGGCAGAGGGAGGCUUCACACAGAUUAAGUGCAACACGGACAUUUUUAUUGGUGGAGUCCCCGACUAUGAUGAGGUGAAGAAGAACUCGGGUAUUCACAAGCCGUUUAGCGGGAGCAUCCAGAAGAUCAUCCUGAACGACCGCACCAUCCACGUGAAGCAUGACUUCACAUCUGGCGUGAACGUGGAGAACGCGGCCCACCCCUGCGUGGGGGCCCCUUGCGCCCAUGGUGGCAGCUGCCGGCCCAGGAAGGAGGGCUACGAGUGCGACUGCCCCCUGGGCUUCGAGGGGCUUCACUGCCAGAAAGCGAUCACAGAAGCCAUUGAGAUCCCACAGUUUAUCGGCCGCAGUUACCUGACGUACGACAAUCCAGAUAUCCUCAAGAGGGUGUCAGGGUCAAGAUCAAAUGUGUUCAUGAGGUUUAAGACGACUGCCAAGGAUGGCCUGUUGCUGUGGAGGGGAGACAGCUCCAUGAGACCCAACAGUGACUUCAUUUCCUUGGGCCUUCGAGAUGGAGCCCUAGUGUUCAGCUAUAAUCUGGGCAGUGGUGUGGCAUCCAUCAUGGUGAACGGCUCCUUCAACGAUGGUCGGUGGCACCGAGUUAAGGCUGUCAGGGAUGGCCAAUCAGGAAAGAUAACUGUGGAUGACUACGGGGCCCGGACCGGCAAAUCUCCAGGCAUGAUGAGGCAGCUGAACCUCAGUGGGGCUCUGUAUGUGGGUGGAAUGAAGGAAAUUGCUCUGCACACGAACAGGCAAUACAUGAGAGGCCUCGUGGGCUGCAUCUCGCAUUUCACCCUGUCCACCGAUUACCACAUUUCCCUCGUGGAAGAUGCCAUGGAUGGGAAAAACAUCAACACUUGUGGAGCCAAGUAACACCAGCUGGCCUUGCCCGAGGGACAGAGCCUUCUAUCCUGAGAGUCCCCAGGGCCCUGAGACCCUGCCUGAUGCCGUACACAGAGGCCCGGGGACCAGGUGUGUUUCCUCUCAUCAAGGAGACAGUACACCCUGAUGAGAGACUGAGAACCAAGACAGGAGUCCCUGGGUGGCCUUUCCCACUGACACUCCGUGGGCCAAACCCAGCAGAAUACUCUGUGUAGGAAGCAGCGGACUUUGUCCAUUGAAUGUGUAGCAGCUGCCAGAGAUCACACAUCAGUGCAAAUUCCAGAGCCUGUCUGCUGUAGCUCCAUGACUGUGUUGUGAUUCAUAGUACAUUUUUUUAAAAAAAAGAGAGAGAGAGAGAGAAAGAAACCCACAGGGCAGUAUUAAAAUACUUCUUUCCUCUGACUCAUGACACUUUUAAUGACAGCGGAAUGACUGUGUGACCUUGAACUUCAAAUUUCCCACCUUGGUCCAUGGAUUGUUCAGAUUAACCUCUCCCAUUCCUCACUGGCUAGCUUGCUAUGCUCUGACUAUUCCAUGAAAAUAAAGAUGGAGGGAGAUAAACACAGAAUCAUAACCAUAAUGUGGCCCCCUCCCCAAAGUUUACCUUGAAUGUGAAAUCCUUAUGUUUUAUAAUCCAAAUUUAAGAAAAUGAGCCCCAUGAUUUUAUAUCUGUACUUUUGUACAUGUAUAUUUUUAUAGCUGCAGACUGUCCACACAGUAUACUUUCGGAAGUUUGGGUAGAUGACCCUGAAUUCUUGCACACUUUCCUAAAAAUUUUCUCCCCAAGGGGACUUGUUUGGGCCCUUUGUGUUAUCAGUGGAGCAGAAUUGGUAACUUGAGUUGGCAACUUGGGAGCUGACCAUUCACUUUCGGGAAAUGUUAAUGUCCAAUGGGAUAAAUAUGAAGCUUUCCAAAUAAGCAGAUUAAAAGGGACAUGUGUUA